AUGACGUUGUUGCCAGUUCGUUCCAACCAGCAAGCUUUUCGUACUGCAUCAGUCUCAGCCUUCGAUGAUGUCUUCACUUGGGACGACGUCGUUACGAUAUCCAAACUGGUUCAGAUCUCAGGGGCUACUCGGAAAACAUCAAAAUCUGCAAUCACACUUUCCUUGUUCCUUCCCUUUGUAUUCAUCGCUGAGCACAGGACGAUAGCUGUGGGAAAUGUAAUCAAAAGCUUAGGGGAAGAACAUGGUCCAGUGCCUCGACAUGGAGGUUCUGUGAAAGGGCUUGAUAAUGAGGCUUAUGGAGUGCACAUGAAUGGCGCUGGUGGACUGUGGCCUACUUUAAGCAUAACAAAUGCAAUUGGCAGGGAUGUUUUGUUUUGCUAUGAUUUAAAACUUCCUGAGAGUUUCACGCCUAAGAAUCAAGAUGGAGAGUUGGAGAGCUCCAAUGUUAAAGCUCCUCAGGCGCUCUGUAUCCACCUCACCAGAGAGUUGGCCAUUCAGAGGAUUGAUGGUGAGUGUGUUGUCCCGACGGAGAGGACGAGUUCUACAUCCAUUCAAUCUCGAGCACCAGUAUCAGCACAAAUUGUGAUUGGAACCCAUGAUAAACGCUAUGUGAAGGGCUUCGUGGAUUCAUGCUAUGAGAGUUGCAAACGUAACUUCUUCACUCCUACCGUCAUCACCAACAUCAUCAAUAAUAAUAAUAGAGAGAAAGAAUAUACUCUCCAAGGAGCAACGCCUAAAAUAAGUAUGCUAUUCAAUUUACUGCUAAACUGGUAUGACAUCAUUCUUUCAUGCAUCAUCACGUCUCAAAACAAUACCCUCAAAGCUAGCUAG